AUGCACAGCACAUUAUUUUUUGUGGCAUGUCGAGCAAUAGGCACUCAUAUGUGCUCUAUCACAGGAAUAAUCUGCUUCCUUUAUUUCAUACCUGGUAUUGUGCUGGGAUCCAUAUCGGCUGCUGACUAUGUGAGAAAUCGUCCGGCGUAUACGAAUACUAGCUGUCGUUUAUUACAUUAUUCUUUUUUUACUCACACGUGUCAAACUAAGGAGGAGUAUCCGUCAGAAUAUACAUGCUUCAAUGAACAAUUUCUUGUGACUUAUUCAAUUUCCAAUGGAACUAUCUUGAAUAACACGUUCUCUUCAGAUGACAAUGAACAACAACAUUCACAAGUUUCCAUUGGUAGUCACUAUCCGUGUUUUUAUCAACAGGAAAAUGUAGCAACUGUCAAGUGGGAUCGUCCUGACUGGAAAACGCCGUUGAUACGUCUAUGCAUCUUCUUUGGAAUCUUUGGUCUCCUUUUCGUAAUGAUGAUUCUCAGUGUAACAUGCAUCAUAAUAGGUUCCUCAUGUGGUAAAAAGUCAUGCGCUUCAAACCCUAUCAAAUUCGCCGAUCGGCAAAGUACUACACAACCGAAUCCGUCAGAGACGAACCCGCAUAUCACUGGCUACAAUCCUACAAUUCUUUUCAGUUAG